AUGAGGAAUUCUAGUAGGAGUACGUUCAAGACAGUUAAAAGGGUAAUGAAACCUCUGAUAGAAAAGAAGAGGAGAGACCGAAUGAACCACAGCCUGGAUGAGCUCCGGACGCUCCUAUUAAGGCACACGUUGGAUACGCGUUUGCGGAACCCGAAGCUUGAGAAAGCAGAGAUUUUAGAACUAGCAGUUGAAUACUUAAGGAAGAGGACGAGCCACGGGGAUAGAAGUACAGAUCCAGCAGACAAAGCCCUGGAUGUUCUGGCCCGGACUGUGACCGAUACCUCAGUUGGAGCGGAGCGUGCCAAACUCCAGACCGGCCCUGCAUGCCCUUGCUCAGACGGGUACAGGCAGUUUGACUCCCGCCUCUCCACCUUUGUUGACUCUGUGCAAGCCCCCAAGCAGGAGGGCUGUAUCUCAGGUAUGAGACAGUGCCCCGAGCCCCGGAGCCCCUCAGACUUCUGGAGAGGCCAGAGCCUGCCAAAUGACCCUCCGCUGUGGUUCAGCGCUACAGAUGCCCUGUGCCCUGCAAAGGGCUUAACGCCAGCAAUGCUCUGCCUCAGCUGUGGCCAAUCGGAAUUGUUCUCCUCCUCUUCACCCACCUUACUGAUAUACCCCAACUUCUCCACACUCCAGCAGCCUCAGAGUCUAGCCUCUAUUCUUCCAUUUCCAUCCCCUCCCUAUUCCCUUUCUCCUCCUCCCUCACCCUGUUACUCCAGCUCCUCCCCUUCUCUCACCACCCCUCCUCCAUUUCACUCUCUUCCCACUUGUACCCUCUGGUUCCUGUGGAGACAGUUUGCCCUCCCCCUAUAA